CUUUUCAUUAUGACAUAAAUUUCAGCUCUAUAAAGCAGAGUCUAAAUUAUUUGUCACAAUAAAAAAAAUUAAGCAUUUCAGCAUAAUUACAAAGCAACCCGAAAACUUCGAAAUGAUGCCGCUACUUAAUCUAUUGCAAACACAACUUCUGCUUGCAAAAGAGAAUCGCAACAUUGCUGCGGCCACACGAUUUCUAACCCCUUUGCUGCGCUGUCCCAUGACCCAAGUGGUCAUCUCUUUUGUGGUUGGUUAUUUCGCCACCAUCAAGAUUACCCAAAUCUGUACGCUGAUACGGAAGCAAGUCAGCAAGCGCCAAAACCUGGAGGAGUGUGUCACACAGCUGGACUCUGAGAGCGGAAGCAGCGAAGCGAUUUUGAUCAAGGGUCAAGCACCAACAGAUGAUGAAGCCCUCUGGCUGACCAGGCAACAGUUGACUGCCUAUAACGGAAUGCAGGGCAAUAACGAGCCCAUCUAUACGGCUCUCAAUGGCAAAAUCUAUGACCUUAGCUCGUCACGCGAUGUCUGCUCGAAGCCAGGACUUUAUUCCCUGCUGGCCGGCUGCAAUGCCAAUCAAGUGCUGAAUAUUGCAUGCGGUUCGAUGGGAGUCUGCACCGACGACGUUGUUCAUCGUUGGGAGCAGAGUCUCAAUGCCGAAUUCAAUAUUAUUGGCUACUUAAUUGACAGUGACGUGUCUGACGACGACCUCGAUGCUAAAACUGAAACCGAAACUGAAACAGUAUACAACAAUGAGAGGUCGGUUGUAAGCGACGGUAGCCGGGAGGAGCUGUCUGCAAAUAGAGAAACUUAGUUUUGGUCAAUGUCUUUUAGCUUUUUACUAAUAAAUGCGCAACUUAAUGCCAA